CCGGAAGUUGACAGUUAGCAUUCCGCAGCUAAACUACCCAGUAGGAGUGAGUGAGUGUGUGUGUGUGUGCGCGUAUGUGUCCAGGUGUGAAAAUGUUACCAUUAUCUAUUAAAGACGAUGAGUAUAAGCCAGCCAAGAAUAACCUGCUGCUGAAAAUCUCUGGAUGGUUCAGGUCUAUCCUCGCUGAUAAAACCUCCAGAAAUCUGUUCUUCUUCCUCUGCCUGAACCUGUCCUUCGCCUUUGUGGAGCUAAUGUACGGCAUCUGGAGUAACAGUUUAGGUCUGAUCUCAGACUCCUUCCACAUGUUUUUUGACUGCACUGCCCUGCUGGCUGGUCUGGCAGCCUCCGUCAUCUCCAGGUGGAGAUCCAACGAUAGCUUUUCCUAUGGCUACGUGAGAGCAGAGGUUCUGGCAGGCUUUGUCAAUGGACUCUUCCUCAUCUUCACUGCUUUCUUCAUUUUCUCUGAAGGAGUCGAGAGAGCUCUAGAGCCUCCUGAUGUUCACCAUGAGCGGCUGCUUCCUGUCUCUGUAGCUGGUCUGCUGGUGAACCUGGUCGGGAUCUUUGUGUUCCAGCACGGAGGACACGGGCACUCACAUGGAGAGGGAGAUCACGGUCACAGUCACUCUCUGUUCAACGGUAGCCUGAAUCACGGUCACAGUCAUGGAGGACACGGUCACAGUCACGGAGGACACGGUCACAGUCACGGAGGACAUCACCACCACGACAAACAUGCAGACUGGCACAGUCAUGGAGGACACGGGCACAGUCAUGGAGUCCACGAGGAACCACUCUGUAAUGAUGAACCGCAGCACCUGCCGGGAAAGGGCUCCAGCAAACAGAUCCUGCAGGGUGUCCUUUUACAUAUUAUUGCAGACACUUUGGGCAGUAUCGGUGUGAUCAUCUCUGCUCUGCUGAUGCAGAAAUAUGAUUUGAUGAUUGCUGAUCCCAUCUGCUCCAUGCUGAUCGCCAUCCUCAUUGGAGUCAGUGUGGUACCAUUACUGAAGGAGUCCAUUGGGAUCCUGAUGCAGAGAACUCCACAUUCACUGGACCAUGCCCUACCAGAGUGCUACCAGAGGGUGCAGCAGCUACAGGGAGUGUACAAUCUGCAAGAGCCUCACUUCUGGACUCUGUGUACUGAUGUGUAUAUCGGAACAUUAAAGCUGCUGGUCGCCCCUGAUGCCGACACCCGCUGGAUCCUCAGCCAGACACACAACAUCUUCACCCAGGCAGGAGUUCGGCAGCUCUAUGUUCAGAUCGACACAGCUGCCAUGUAGAAGCUGCUCGUACUCCUCUACACAUGGGACCAAUUCAGUCUACUGGUGCAGGUGACCUCUGACUCCCACAGUCACUGCAGGACAGACUGAGAUAAGGGGAGGGCUCUCAGAGCUGAUGAACUCAAACAGCCCCACCCCCACUUUAUUAAAAGUAAAAAAAUUAUUAUAUAUAUAGGCCUGUCCACAAUGGUAAUUCUGUUUCUCCUGCAAAGAAUUAUGGGUAAGUGCCUUCCUCAUGAGACAAUCUGAGCCCCUCCCACCGGCGUCACUGCUCAGACUUGUUGAUUGGUUGACAGUGUGCGUGAAGUCACUCUGUAUGUGCCAAACCAUGUGACGGGUCAGUGGGUUUCAGCCAUUUUUUCUUUUUUUAAAUUUCAGCUGUAAUAAAUAAUUCUGGUUCUCUGAGUUUGACUAUUCUUCAUCACAUCUGUAUUACUGACUGAAACAGAGUUAAUUAAACAGCUAAGGAAGGAUCAGAGCCCCAUGGAAAGAAAGCUUUCACUUCAGGUGCAGCAAUAUUUGUACAUGGUUUUAAUAUCAGAACUGUUUGUUUUAAACUAUCACAGUGACACCACUGUAAACCUGUUCAAUUUAACAUGAAAUGAUCACAACCGCAUACAUUAAAGUUGGAGCUGAGUUCAGCUGCUUCAGA